AUGGAAGAAGGAAGAGGAGCAGAAGGAGGAGUAGGUGAAGGAGCUGGAGGGAUUGCUGAUUUCUUCGCAGUCAGUAAUUGUACUACCAUCAAGACCAUAGACAGUCCAGUCACUCACAACACGCUAGUGAAAACACAAGGAGCCUGGAUGAAAGACCCGCUAGGAGUUAUGGGUAAUGACACCAUAUUCGUCCUGGAGCAUUACCACUCGAACAAAGUCGAAGAGUUUGAAAACAUGGAAAAAUUCAAAGCAGGCGUGAAGAGUAACACGUACACGCUUCCGUAUUAUUGGGACGGGACAGGCGCGGUGGUGUAUGGAUCGUACGUCUAUUACAACAGAAUCUUACUGAUGGCUUUAAUUUCCUGCGUUGUGUCUCUCAAACACAGGGCCAAUACCAACUAUAUCGACAAGUAUAACUUGCUCACAAAUAGCCUCGUGGCCCAGAUCACUCUCAACGGAUACACACCAAGGCAAACCUACUACCAAUGGGGAGGACGCAGUGGAGUGGAUCUGGCUGUCGACGAGAAGGGAUUGUGGGUAUUAUGGGGGAAUUCUGGGGAUAACAAACGACUGUAUGCAUCUAAAAUUGAUGAUGACGCCAUCGUACAGAGCUACAGUGUGUCUACGGAUAGCUUCAUGGCAAAACAUUUAAAUAUCUGGGUUGGCCCGUGUUUGUUUGUUUCUUUGUUUGAAGCAGAACAGAUGAGGUAUAUUGGCAAUGCCUUUGUAGUCUGUGGAGUGAUUUACCUUAUCGACAGCUACCAUCAAAAUCCCACUACCAUCAACUAUGCUUACGACACCAAGACAGGAACACAGUGGAACCCAAACAUACAGUUCACAAACCAGUACGGCUACAACUCCAUGGUGGAUUACAACCCCAGAGAAAGACUGCUGUACGCCUGGGACAGCAGGCGCCAAGUCACUUACUCUCUCACUUGGAAUUGAAUAAUCACCCUGUAAUCAGUAUGAAAAUGUUUUCAAAAAACAUACUCCAGUCGUCAUGGGACUGGUAACUGGACUGUAAAACUAAGCUGUCUCACCAUUUAUUUUGCACUCCGCUCUUGAAUAAAGCACGUGAGAUUAUAUUUUAGUGUCUUAAGUUUAAAAAAAAAAACGAACAUGACAAGUGCAGAGUUGGAAAAAGUCUGCCAGACUUUCAAGUUGACAUCACAACCUAGUGUAUAUAUGCGCAAUUCAUGAUAGCAGCCAUUUCAUGGCUUCAACACUGCUAGAUGCAUUUAACCAGUGAUUUUCUAAAAAUAGACCAUCACAUUGACGAUUUUAUCAAUGGCUAUGCUUCUCAUGGGUUUUGACUAUGUCAUGUUAUGUUAAUAUCGGCUGUCUAAAAAUUUAAUAUUGCAGUGUACCAAAUAAUGUAGGAUAAGCUACCAAACAUUUUAUUUUACAGCCUGAGUAUCAGGAUCUAUCAGGCAUUCCGAAAGUAAAAGGAGAAGGCAAGUAAAAACGAAGAGAAGGAAAAAGGAAGAAAAGCACCUCCUCCGUUCAUCUCCUUCUCCCCUCUCUCCUCCUCUUGGGAAGUCCUGGUACUCAGGCUAAUGUUUAUACCACUCAGUGGAUUUAUUACUGAACCGGACUACAGGCAUAUAUCCGUUUGUGCGCACCACAUUUAACUUGUUAACCGAAGGUAACCGUUUUAGCCACGGCCAUAAGUUAAGCUAAUUGCCAUCAUGUCGAGUUAUUAAAGCUUCUUGUUGUGUUAAACUUUGCAACUUGUUUAUUACACUACAUGACUGAGCGCCCCACAACUCCACUUUCUCCACACUCCUGGGUAAACAAUACGAUAAAAAAUAUCAUUUUACUACAGAUCGAAUGAACUUUACCACAAUUAAUGAUUAUUACUAGUUUCAAAAAUAUACACAUGUAUAUAAAAUGAACCCCCC